UAAGGGAAGGUAGGCCCAUUAAUAGUGGCCUAAGGCCCAAUUGUGAUCAAAACGCAAAGAACCUUCCUUAAAGAAGAUGACACAAUCUCAAAAGAAUAAGCACAAAAAUAGAAAAUAUCGAAAAUGAGAUGAGAGAGAGAGGACUCUCUCAUCGUGCGUAGGGCUUUUGACUCCCUCCCCUACUUUGCCUACUUCUUCCUUCUUCCUUUGGCCACUCUACACAGUCCACACCUACUUAGACACCUUUCUCAACCUUGAGAUCGGCGUCAGAUCCUCCGCCGCAUCUUCUCUUCACUCUCUCCGGGUUAUGAUGAUGGAAUCCGGAGCUGGUUUCGCGGCCAUGGAAGAGAGGAUCUCUCCUGGAAGUUUCUUCCAAUUUCCUCUUUCUGGAUUCCGUGCUUCUCCCAAUCGAUCCCCUUGUCCUCCCACUGAUCGUGAAAGGUACUUGACUGAAUUAUUGCAAGAGAGACAAAAGUUGGGUCCCUUUUUGCAGGUUAUGCCAAAUUGCUGCAGACUGCUGAAUCAAGAAAUCAGGAGGGUCUCUAGUUUUCCUGAUCCUGAUAGAUAUGAGCAUGGAAGUCCAUUUAGAUCGCUUGGCCAGCCGACAAAUGGAAAGCUUGAUUUAGAGGGAUGGUCGAUGAUGCAAGCGGAGGAAAACUGUCACCUCCAGAGAGCUUCUCCAUUUCGUGCUCCUGCCCCAGUGGGCUGGAUUGGGAUGCCGGGACUCCCUAACCCACCCAUUGUGAAAAAAGUGAUUAGACUUGAUGUGCCAGUGGAUAAAUAUCCAAGCUAUAAUUUUGUUGGGCGGAUUCUCGGGCCACGUGGAAACUCCCUAAAAAGAGUUGAGCUAGCAACCCACUGCAGGGUGUUUAUUAGAGGGCGAGGAUCUGUGAAGGAUACUGUCAAGGAGGAAAAACUUAAAGGUAAGCCAGGGUACGAGCAUCUCUGUGAGCCACUACAUGUACUGAUCGAGGCUGAGCUUCCAGAAGACAUAAUAAACUCUCGAUUGGAACAUGCAGUACAUUUCCUGGAAUCACUCCUAAAGCCGAUGGACGAAUCAAUGGAUCACUACAAGAGGGAACAGCUGAAAGAGUUAGCAGCUCUGAAUGGUACACUAAGGGAGGAGAGUCCAAGUCCGAGCUUGAGCCCUUGUUUGAGUCCGAGCAUGUCCCCUUUCAACAGCAAGCGUGCUAAGACUGGACAAUAAAGAUUUUACCUGAGAGAUGAUCAAUGUUGUUGAGACAGAAACCAUGGCAUGGUCGUGUGGGAAGGGCCAAGGCUCUCUAUGCAUUGUCUAUCUAUCCGCAAGGUGAUAAUGUUCUAAGUUCUAACGUUUGGACUCCUCAAUUAAUUUAUUUUGUCAUUAAGUUUAUUCUUUAUUUUUGAAAAUUUUGUUGGUUAACUGAGAUGACCAUUGACCAGUGGGUAAUAAACUAAUAAUGGUGUUUAUGAGAAUGUAAGCUCGUUCUCAAUCAUUGUGACCUUGUAACCUUUAUUUAAGUCUGAAACCCAACAUCAAUUUCGUUUUAACAUU